AUGGCUUUCUUCCUAUCUGAGGAAUCGCUUUCGAUGUCAUGUCGAAGAGCGCUGCUGAGAAAGCUGAUCAAAGACGAAGAAUGUUCUCCUAUACGGAAUUUGCUUAUGCAGGAUUCGUCAUAUUUCGUGAACCUACUUGAAAAUAGAGUCAUGGAUUUUCUGUGCUUGGCGAGAUCCUCUCCCUCGCAGCAAACCGAGUCGGGUAUCAUGGAGCGCGAAAUGUUAUGUCUUCACAUAAUUGACGCUGUUUCUCGGAGAAAUGUUCAGUGGUUCGCUGGUGCUAAAGAUCUGGUUAUCAAACUGAGACAGUUGUGGAACAAUGCAGAUUUCAAAGGACGUUAUGUGGUUCAUGCGCCAUGCAAUAAAGACCUACUGGAAGUUGACGAUCAAACCGAUGACAGAGCACAAAGUAUAAGACACAACAGUAACGAUCUUGAUCUACUGUGCGACAUACUUUUCGUGUUCAUAGGGAGAUACGUUACUGAUUUUUGUUUUGUUCGUGAAUUUCUCGAAAGGGAAGUGAUACCGACGUAUUCCAUGGAAUGGCGACGAAAACUGUUUUCCUAUGUUCUGGGAAAGUUUGAAGCAGGCGGCUCCACUGUGAUAAAAGAUCUUCUGUAUGUGAAAAUCGUGCAAUACGUCCUGAUACCGAGUCUUCAGUGGGCUUUUGAGCGCUAUAAUGUUGACGAAAUUCUGGGAGAGAUACAAAAUCCUUCUGAGCAACCGGAAAAUGAUCCCAAUGACCUGGUGUAUCGACUAGCACAUAUAAUUGACCAGAAUCGCCAGGUGAUGAGUGAUGGUAUUGUGAUCGUGCUUUACCAGCUUUGUACGCUUCUCGUGAAGCAUGCACCACGGCAUGUUCAUAAUAAUGAUUCA